UCACCAUUGUUAUCCGUACCGGUCUUCGGUCUUACCCAAACACUUGCUUCUUUCUCUAUAUAAAACGUUCAGACACCCUCCUCAACUUCAUCCAAACCAAAAAACACACACAACAACACACAGUCGUUAAUAAAACAUCAACAUCAUCAUCAUCGAAGCUGCACAAAUUCCCAACACUCAACAAAGCUCAAUUUAGAUUAUCCUUUUUCGGUAAUUUCUUUAACAUUCCUCAGAGAAGUGGUUUUGUUCUGUUUCUAAAAUGAGCAUACCCAUCCCCUUGUAUGUGUACGUUUCUGUUUUCCCUCUCUUACCGUUCACGAAUGUUUGAAUUCAAUACAACGUGGGUGGUUCUCUGGAAUAAGCAUGUAGAUGUAUCUGAUUUUAUUUUUUAAUUUUCUCUAUCUUAAAAAAAAAUACCAAAUAAUUCGGGUUUCAGCAUUUGAUUGUUUCUGGUCAUGAUUUCAGCGUCUUGCUUCUUCUUUAAUUGGUUUGCUUUCUUUUUUUAAUGAAAAGAUUACGUUAUGGAUUUUAACUACAAUUUCAUUGAUAUUAAACUAUUUUUUUUUUAGUUAUUGAAGUUUUGGUUUGGAUAGUGAUGGGAGAGGUUUGAAUUAGGAGAAUGAUUCCUGGGUUUGGAACAAUUUCUUUUGCUGUCAGGUGGAAACUAUUUUAUUUUUUAUGUUGUAUCCAUAUGAAACCUACCUGCCAACGGAAGUUGGAGCAAAUAACAGUUGUGAAAGAACAAAUACAGAUGAUAUUAUUAAUUCGUAGAGGUUUGCUUCGAUUUUCAUGAUUUGGGUAUGUAAUCAACAGAGAAUUUUCACUUGCUGUUUGGUAUCUAAUAAGAAGCAACCUUUUUAUUAAUCACAUGGGAGGGCUGUUGAAGUUGCUUUCUUUGGAAUUUUUAAUAAAUUUGUGACAUUGUACGAUUCCCAGUUCAGAUGUUUUACUAGUUGAACAUUUUAAAUACCAACAAGCUUAAACCUCUUGUUUUUGUUUUUCAGUGUCGUUGUAUGUUCGUGUAUGAUCAUUUUUCUUUUUCCUGUAUGCAUCACUGUAAACCCAACCACACUCUACUUAGCCAUUCCAGGCUUCGAUUACCUCUAGUGGUGGCAAAAGAGUUAUGAAUUUAAUUUUUCACACUUCAUCAACAUAAGUUUUCUAGUGUUCGAUCGCUUUCUUUAUUUCUUGUGUGAGCAGUUGUUAUCUUCUCUACAAAUUGCAGUUGCACUAGAUUAGUGGUACAAUGAACUUGUGAUUUAGCUAUUAUUAUACUUAUUAGUACCUGUCUAUGUUGUCCUUGCAGGCUCAUACUCUUAUAUUGAAACUGUUGGGGUUCAAGUGUGAAGCAAAGUGUUGAGAAGCUUGCAGAGGGUGGUGUUUUUCUGAUUUGCUACUCAGAUUAAUAAAUCCCCCCGUCACAUAAAUCAGCUGAUGCCAUCUUAGGAUGGACUCACAACAGCUUUUCAGUUUUGGUGUUGCAAGUGCAGGAUUACCUUACGUGCCAUCUUUUCCCACUGUUCCAUCCCUACCCAACAGGCUGCUUGGAUCCUUGAAAUAUGACAUUGGCAACUCACCUAAUUCACCAUUUUCCACUUAUUUUGAUUCUGACACCCUUUCUGCAUUGAGUGACGGCCAAGAGCAAUACAGCCCCGGAGAAAUCCUCUCGGGUGUCAGCUCCUCUUGUAACUCUUCACUGGAAACCAACCAAUAUAUGUAUAAAUCAAUCUCUUCUGUAGACUUCAUAGACAAUUUCCCACUAUAUUCUGCUUGGAACUCUCUUCCACAGAAUGUGAAUAGUAAUCAGAAAAUCCAACACGCUUUGCUAGAGCUAGAAACUGCUCUGAUGGCCCCCGAUGAUGAUCAAGUUACCACUCCAAAUACAUUGGCCGGGAGCAGCAGACCAAUGGCAUCUGGCCACAGAUACAAGCCCUGGAGGCAUGAGAACGAUGGAUCACAAUAUGCUCAGCCAUCAUAUGUUCCCAGCAGUAGGCUAUCAAGUGAAGUUGUGCAUGUAGAGAAACGCCAAAAGUUGACGGAGGAACCAUCACUACAAGCUUUCCCACCAAACGAUCUGAAGCAACUGCUGAUUGCAUGUGCCAAAGCCCUUCAUGAAAACAACAUCAAAGAUUUUGAUCAAUUGGUAGGAAAGGCUAGAGAUGCUGUGUCGAUCAACGGGGAGCCAAUCCAGCGGCUUGGCGCUUACAUGGUAGAAGGGCUUGUUGCAAGGAAGGAAGCAUCAGGAAAGAGCAUCUAUCAUGCCCUUAGGUGCAGAGAGCCUGAAGGUGAAGAAUUACUCUCUUACAUGCAACUGCUGUUUGAGAUUUGCCCCUACUUAAAAUUUGGUUACAUGGCUGCCAAUGGAGCCAUUGCGGAAGCCUGCAGAAACGAGGAUCGCAUACACAUCAUAGACUUCCAAAUUGCUCAAGGAUCUCAGUGGAUGACACUUCUUCAAGCCCUUGCAGCAAGACCUGGUGGUGCUCCACAUGUUCGGAUAACGGGGAUUGAUGAUCCUGUUUCUAGAUAUGCACGUGGCGGCGACGGAUUAGAUAUUGUUGGUAAAAGGUUGGGCUUGAUGUCUGAGAAAUUUGGCAUCCCAGUUGAGUUUCAUGGAGUGCCUGUUUUUAGUGAAGAAGUGACAAGGGAAAUGCUAGAUAUCAGGCCUGGAGAGGCCUUGGCAGUGAACUUCCCCUUGCAGCUCCAUCACACAGCUGAUGAGAGUGUUCAUGUGAGUAACCCAAGGGAUGGACUAUUGAGGUUGGUGAAGUCACUUUCUCCCAAGGUGACCACACUGGUGGAGCAGGAAUCAAACACCAACACAACCCCUUUCUUCAACAGGUUUAUCGAAACCUUGGAUUACUACUUGGCAAUCUUCGAGUCUAUUGAUGCCAGCCUACUCCCAAGAGAAAGCAAGGAGCGGAUCAAUGUGGAGCAACAUUGUCUGGCCAGGGAUAUAGUGAAUAUUAUUGCUUGUGAAGGCAAGGAAAGGGUUGAGAGACAUGAACUAUUGGGGAAGUGGAAAUCCAGGUUAACAAUGGCUGGAUUCACUCAGUCUCCUUUGAGCUCUUAUGUGAAUUCUGUCAUAGGAAUCCUUCUCAAGUGCUAUUCAGAACAUUAUACUCUGUUGGAGAAGGAUGGAGCCAUGUUGUUGGGGUGGAAGGAUAGAAAUUUGAUAUCAGCUUCUGCCUGGCAUUGCUGAAACAUGGCUGAAACAUAGAUAGGAAAUACUGUCUAGUAGUAAUGGUAGUACAAGUAUCAUGAUGAUGGAAGCCACAUGGUGCUUGGAGGGAUAAAGUUUAAGGUUUAUGUUCACUGUUAGUGCUAUGAAUUUCAUCAUUCUUCUAUAGGACUUUGCCGUACCUUAACAUUUGUCCAUAAAGAGAGACCUAGUAUAUUCAUUCUUUUAUAAGAUUUCAAGUGUUUCA